AUGGCUGGUUAUAAUUCCAUUGCCUUAAACAAGGCGAGAAAAUCGAAGAGACAGAGAAAAUGUCGUCGCAAAACAACCUUAAUGAAAAAGGCUUCCGAAUAUAGCAAGAUGUGUGACGCAGAUGUAUGCGUAGGCAUUCGUUUGCGAGAGACGGGCCAGGUAUACGUUUUGACGGUAGAUAAUUCCGGGGUAUGGGCUUUUCUUGCCUCACAUUUGAGCGCUUAUUAUCCCACGCCAAGGUUCAUGACAGACCAAGACUUGGAGAAGGCCAUUGAGGGGUCUGCCGCUGCCAAGUAA